AUGUCUCCCCCCUCGAGGCUCUCACUCAAGGCCUUCUUAGCCACCGCCAAGAAGGCGUUCGCUGCUCCCGCGGCCCAACGACCGAACCCAUUGACCUUUGUAGUUGGAAACGAGUCGGCAGCCCUCCUGCUAGCAUACUUCCGCACCUACACGCCACCUCACACGCUACACAUCCCGCUAUCAAACCUGCACCGCGCGGACCUGGCGCUGCGCGCUGAGCUUAGCGCCGUGCUCCGACCUGCCGGCCUGAAGCCCGAGGACCUCCUGACGCUCUCGGACCUCCCCUCUCCGGAGACGAGCGACGGGGCCGCCAGUCUGCGGCCCGAGGACACGCGAUGGUUCCUCGUCGACCACAACGCGCUGACGGGUGAUCUGGCCAAGCGGUUCGGCGCGAGCCCCGUCAUCGGCUGCAUCGACCACCACGACGACGAGGGCGCGGUGCCGCGCGACGCGACGCCCCGCGUCAUCGAGAAGAGCGGCAGCUGCAUGAGCCUCGUCGUCGACCAGUACCGCGACGCCUGGGACGCGCAUCUCGCGGCCGACGCGGCCGCCGACGCCGAGCUCGCCCACGUCGCCCUCGGCCCCAUCCUCAUCGACACCACCAACCUGACGGCCAAGGCCAAGACCACCGACUGGGACGUGCGCGCCGUCGAGUUUGUCGAGUCCAAGCUUGCUGCUGCUGCUGCUGCUGCUGCCCUCCCUCAGACAGCCGCGGCGGGACCCGAGGAGCCGUACGACCGCAACCGCUUCUACGACGACGUCUCGCGCCUCAAGGAGGACAUCUCGAGCCUGUCGUACCACGACAUCCUCCGCAAGGACUACAAGCAGUGGACCGACGGCGACAACAACAACAACACCACCAACAACAACAACAACACCCCGCGCCUGACGCUGGGCAUCUCGAGCACGGUAAAAGGGUUCGCGUACCUCGUGUCCGACGCCGGCGGCAGCAACGGCAGCGGCGGACGGGACGAGUUCCUCGCGGCGCUGCGGCAGUGGGCCGGGGAGCAGCAGCUGGACCUGGCUUCCGUCAUGACGUCGUGGCAUCCCACGGGGGGCGCGUUCACGCGCGAGAUCCUCCUGUGGGCGCUGACCGAGCCGGCCGCCAGGGUCGCGCAGGCGUUUGCGGAUAAGAACCGCGACGCGCUGGGGCUCGAGACGUGGGGCUGUGGAGCGCUGGAUGCGGAUGCGGAUGCGGAUGCGGGUGAGUGGAGGGCGUGCUGGACGCAGCGGCGCAUCGAACAUAGCAGGAAACAGGUGGCGCCUAUGCUGAGAGAGGCCAUGAAGGGGGCGUCGAAGCUCUGA